GGCUGAGCUCCAUGUAUAAGAUGGAUUACUCCUACCUGAACUCCUAUGACUCCUGCAUGGCGGCCAUGGAAGCGUCGGCCUACGCGGACUUCAGCUCAUGCAGUCAGGCCAGCUCCUUCCAGUACAACCCGAUCCGGAGCGGACCCUUCUCCAACCCGGGAUGCACCCCGCUCAGCACGGCCAGCUGCACCCUGGGAGCUCUGCGAGAGCAUCAACCCACACCUUACUCCUCAGUUCCUUACAAGUUUUUCUCAGACCCCUCUGGUCUAAAUGAGAAGAGGAAGCAGCGGCGCAUCAGGACAACCUUCACCAGCUCCCAGCUGAAGGAGCUGGAGCGAGUCUUUGCUGAAACACACUACCCCGACAUCUACACCCGAGAGGAGCUGGCACUGAAGAUAGACCUGACUGAGGCUCGGGUACAGGUGUGGUUUCAGAACAGGCGUGCCAAGUUUCGUAAGCAGGAGCGGGCAGCAAAUGCCAAAGCCAACAGCUCUGGGGGUCCCAACGGGAGCACGAGCAGCAACAACUCUGGAGGGAAGAAGGGUGGAGAGCCGAGAUCUUCAUCAGAUGAUGAUGAAUCUAAAGAAUCCACCUGCAGCCCAACACCUGAUAGCACGGCCUCCUUGCCGGGCUCAGCUAACGGCAACCUGGGCAGCCCUGCCAGCCUGAGCCCCAGUCCUGCUCCUGCCAACAGUGGUUACGCCAACACCUCCACCUCUCCGGUUCUUCAGGGGCUGAAGCCACCCAGCUGGUCCAGCCUGGGGCCGUCCAACCCAGCCGUGGCUCAGCCUGCCGUGCAGACUCAGGAGAUCCUGAAGGCCUGGCAGCCAGCGGACAGUAUGACUGGGCCCUUUGCUGGAGUCCUGUCCUCCUUCCACAGAAAACCCAAUCCUGCUAUCAAGACAAACCUGUUCUGAAGCACAGAGGAAGAGAAUAAGCAAACAUUAUGUGGUACCACAGGAUCAGUGUUGGGACAGUGGGGACUGGCCUUUCAUUAGGCUGAUUUGAAUGGUGUAGUUUGAUGGGGCCCUCUUACCUUCUCUAGAAAAUUCUCCUGUUUAACAUACAAAGCUCAGAUGAAUUUAAAUGUCUGGUUACCAUUGCUUCCCAAAUUCCAGGAUGUGAACGUUUCUUUUCCUGCAAGACUGAAAAACUUCACAUCCAUCCCAAAAUCAGAGCUUUUCUCUCAGUUUUAGUAAGACAUUCCCCUCCCUCAGAUUAAGCAAGAGACCGUGUUGUUGGUUCUAUCUGUGAUGUAAAAUUCUUCAUGUGCAGGCUCUUCACCUCAGUGAUACUGGAUGUUAGGUUUAGUCAAAUCAGAGCUUAUUUGACUUAUACACAUUGGAUUAACAACACACAUCUCUUUUCCUUCCUUUUUCUCAGAUUCCCACACUUGCUGCAUUACAACAUCACCCACCCUGCAUGGCAGUCUUUUGAGCAGAAAUCCAAACAUAAUGCUCCAGUCUCUGCUGGGAAAACAAAACAAACAAACUUCUACCCUCAAGCACAACUUCCUCUAAGCCCCCUGACAUAUACAGUCCUACCAGAAAGGAACAGGGUCCCCCUUAAAUCUCUUUGCUGAGCAGAGCAGAGCAUCCAGAAAUCCAAUUAGAGCAGCCUGGGUCCAGACCAGACACAUCCACAGUUCAUCCCCUCCUCCUCAUCCUUCUUUUACUUUACUGUAUCAAGUCAUGACCCCCCCCACCCCCACCGAAUACAUGCUCAGUGUGACCCCAAUCCCAUCUUGCUUUUCUCAACAUAACAGUGGGCACUUUGUUAAAAUGCAGCAAGGGAGAGACACAAACCUGACAGUAAAGGAGUUGCUGGUUUCUCACUUUGAAUUUUCAUGAUUCUUGUGCUGGAUUUAGGAAAAAGAAACACUUUGCUGCUUCAGUUGUGCUACGAACUCUAGCCAGUUGCAUCCUGUCCCCCACUCUGACUUUUUAUCAAUUUAUGAACUUUGCCACUCUGAAAUUCCUCUCAACCUGGCCUCUACUAAAGAGCGAUACAGACAGCAUCUGUGCUAAGUUGCUUGUAUAUCAUUCCCUGUUUUAUUUUGCAGUGAAUCACUGAAACAAGACUGAUUUGGAGCUGAUUUUCUGGAAGGAUUUACUCCAGAUAUCUCAAAAAAGGGAAAAAGUAUUUAUUAAUAUUCUUUGAUAUGUCAGUGAAGUGACAAACCCACAGAUUUCUUUGGACUGCUCCUUGAAAUUUUGUGACUGUAAAUUUACUUAAUAUAAAUAUUAGGUAGGCUUUUGUUUUGAUUUCUCUCAUGUUGCUUUACAGAUUUAAGUUCAUUGCAGAGCACCUGUCUCACAGACCAACAAAGAAUCGACGGACGCUCUAAUGAAUGAGAAGUUAUAGCACUACUCUGAAUAUUCUAAUAAAUCUACAUUA